AUGAUGCUCACCACGCUCCUUACGCUUUUCGUUGCUUCGUUGACUGUUCGGGCUGCGCCUGCUCCAGUCUUGCCAGCACUGUCAGUGACAUGCUACACUGUCUCCGGGUUCCAGGGUGAACGGGGUCCUCUCCUAUCCACUACAACCUCAACCCGAAGACUAGCUCCGACGACGGUCACCUCGACGCGGACAUCGACAAUUACAUUGACAUGGACCCCAGUUAUUACGACGACUUCUACGGCAACUAGCACAUCUACUGCGACAACUACGGAGCUUGGCAUCUCGUCCACUUUCACCUCUACUAUUACGUCAACGUCGACGUUGAGUGACAGCACGACCAUCACGAGUACGGUCCAAACGACGUUGACCGAUACCACAACUUCUACCGCUACUAGCACUUUGACUAUUGCUGCCCCUGCUGGAUUUACCCCUAUCAUCAAGAGCUCUGGCUACACGUCUCUGAAUGCUCCUCAAAGAGAGAGGCGUGAGGUUCUGGAUCGUCUCUUCAAUCUGGUCAGAUCUCCGCCCGAAGGACGUCAGUUUCUGGGUGGUGGAACAAGAAGUGCACAAGGCAUCAAAUGUGUCACCCGAGUGCAAUCUACCGUGACUGUCUAUAGGACAGUGACGACCACUACUACCGAUAUCGGUUCGGCGUCGACCACGACCAGCACCACAACCACGACAGUGGCCACAACUUCAACUGUCAUUCCGGCAGUGGUUACGAGUACCGUGAGCACCACAUCAACCACUAUUGUCACAACUACAAGCACGUCCAUUGCAUUGACCACCAACACCCAGACAACCACCGAGACAGACACCACCACGUCCACCACCUCCGUCUAUGCCGCCUGCGCAACCAACAACAUCUUGGGUCCUCAGGUCCAAAACGGCCAAUACGUACAAGGCGCUACCGACAAUGAUCCGAACGGUGUGAUCGCCAUCACCACCGCUGCGAGUGCGUACGACUGUUGCGUUCAAUGUAUCACCAGCGACGCGUUGGAAUACUGCCAGAAUGCCAUCUUUGAUGCGGAUGGAACAUGCAAUAUGCUCGGGGGAAACCAGGCGUUCUGUGCAAAUGGCCAGCAGGCCAACUCGGGCCAGGUGGUUUUGACCACCACGUCCUUGCAGCGGUUCGAUAUCAAUGGACCUUGCGGCUAUCUUACCUCCUGA